AUGUUGGCCGCAUCAUUUCUGCUCGCUCUCGGGGUUUCCCUUGCUUCGGCUUCACCCCUACAAGUUCCUUCGCACGUUGAUUUGAUCCCUCAGACACACCCAGGAUAUAAAGUUCAAAUAGGCAGAGAGACCAUUUUCCCAUCUGAUAACUUUUGGUUUGGCUCAUUUGAUGUCGGAAGAUCAAAGAACCUAACGUUAUUGGUCGACACUGGCUCUGCUGAUAUCAUCCUCAAUGAUGGGCACUACAAGCCAGGACCCCACUCCGCCAACAUCAACAGAGAAUUCAACAUCACUUUCGGUACUACGAAUAGCGAUGGGUCUGGGUCUGGAACAGUCACAGGCGCCCUCAUCAACGACACCGUGAAGUUUGGGAAAUUCAGUACACAGCAAGCAUUUGGAUUAGCUGAUCCACAAGAAGACGGAAGCAACUUGAUUCCCGGCGAUGGAAUCAUCGGAUUUGGAUACCCUUCAAACAUCAAACUUGAAUCCACUUUCUUCCAUACUUUAUGCGCCCAGCACAAAGUAUCUGAGUGUCGCUUUGGUCUGAUACUUGGGCGUGAGAAGGGCACCCAGGUGCUAGGAACACUAGACAAAUCGCUCUUUGAGGGAAAGCUUGUCAAUACUCCCAUUCUGCAAGAGUGGAUCAUCUCUGCCGACCUUGCUGUCGACGGAAAUAUAACCCAAAACAAUGUCACGGUCUUGCUUGACUCUGGGACAGGAACAAUAAUUGCCCCUGUUCCAGAUGUUGUCUCUUUGUUCAAGAUAAUGAAUAUCCAGCACUUUGUUCAAAAGUCUGAUGACCUCACUACAGUGACUGGAUAUUUCCCAUGCGACCAGCCGCCUUCUCUGGGGCUAAGCAUUCCAUCCCAGUCAAAUAUCGCAUCUGCCCACAUGAGAACCUCGAAAUUAACGAGCCAGAAGUCAUCUAUUUUCGAUAUCCCUCCUGAUCAGUGGAUUAAGACAGACAACGGUAAGAACAACUGCACUGCAAUUGUUUCCGGCACUAGCGCGGUCCCCGAUGGCUUGUGGGUAGUUGGUCAACCAUUCUUCCAUGAUAUCUAUAUAGAUCACAAUGUUGCAGAUCAAACUGUUGGAUUUGCCAAGGCGCGCGCCUAG